AUGACCCAGAGUCAAUGUGAUCAGCCACAUGUGUUUUUCGACUCGUUAACUUCAUUUCCGUCUGGCAUGUCAAAACAGUUCUUUCCCGAUAGCCGCUCUCUUACUUAUUUAUCUCUAGGUCAACAGUUUCUCGAUUCAUCCACGUCGUCCCCAUCUACUCUUUUGAAUAUCAAUAUUAUGGACACACAUACUUAUACUGGCUCAACUGACGCCAAUGUCAGUAAUUUCGAUCGUAUAUCGCUGCUUGAACGUUCAAUUUUUUCCAACUUCCUCUGCUGCGGUCUUCACCUCGCCGACUUCCAUGCUCUGUUGGAACACUUCGAAGAAGACCAUAUCGUCGUAGUCAACCCGAACGGGAGGCGUGUCUACCCUCCUGGGGGCUUGUCAUCAGUCGCUCUUCACCCCCGCUCACAUACACUGGCGUCUACAUCGCCUUCAUCAUCUCCUUCGUCGCCCAUGACGUCUUUCUCAACUUCUCCACCCUCUCCACCAUCCUCCAUUAUACCACCUACGCCUCUUUCUCCGAAAUCGUCAAUAGCCGAUCCUGGGAAUAAGGACAGGGAAAAUCAACUGAGCAAGCCAUGCAUCCCGAUUGUUUACACGCCGUUUAUGCCAUCCGCAUUGGGUGACCCCUCCGAGACGACAGGCAUCGUUUCCGCCCUAGAACCAGACUUUGACAUACCUCACCACUAUCCGGACGGGUUUUCGGAGUCGCCAUGUAACGCCGAUCUCGAUGAUGCAGCACUUUCUGACCCUGGCCCGCUCGAUUUAGUGACCAACACUACCCCGACAUACCUACUUGACACUAGCAAUGCUGAGUUCAUCAAACAAAUCCAUACAAAGAGGAGCUCGGUUACUCUCGUCAAAAGCGUUAUCGGGCGUCGAUCCACAACGCCGCGAGUCGGUUCGAAUUUCGAGGAGGGUAGCGACGUUGGAUUGAAACUUGCUCUGGAGAUAGCGUCUCCGAUUACGAAGAACAAGUAUAGAAUCCGUGUAGGCAGUCAAGGGAUUAGCAAAAAGAGGGAGAAGACCUAUCGUUGUCCGUCGUAUCUCAACCCAAACGGCCUUAAGUACCACCUUGAAAAGGGGACUUGUAAGAUAAAUGGCGCGUCGGAUAUCAACACCCCACUAUCAUUGACACCCCUCGACGUCGUCGACAAUCCCGGUAUUCCUCAAGAUCUCAACCAUCAGGGUCGACUGAACGAUGACCCCCAGAAGACUUCUUCGCCAGUUCCUGACAGCGGAAAUCGUCUCGGUGCCGUUUCCAAUCCCCGCCACACAAUGCCAAUAAUUUCCCCGGUACCGAUCCGCUAUCGCGCUCCCCUCUGUGUAUCCAAUGAUGGGGGUCGUUUUGGUCAGAUAUAUACUUUGUCAAUGUUUUUCUUGAAUUCUACUCUCUCGUUGAGCCGGUCUUUCUUCGCCUCGUUGAACAGCGUCAUGUCCAACCUGACCCAAGCUGCAUAUCUCCACUAUUGCGAUCACGGCAUUAUCGCCCCUAACUUCAAACUUCUGACAUCCCGGACUUCGACCAAAGACAUUACCCGAUGGCACGAACUCUUGUAUUCUCUCUGCUUGCUUAUUCUCCAAUCUGUCCUUUUCGCUGUGCGGGACUCGUGA